AUGGAAGACGGGGUGAACACGCUGCCAUCGAGAAAUCAGACUGCGAGGAAAGGCAUCAAAAGGCUGAGCCUCCUAGUCUCUGGUCGCAUCUCCCCACAGCUAGAGCGCACGGUCCCCAAACAGUUCACCUGCCGGCGGCCCCAACCCAGCGGGAGACGUGGACAUGAGGUUGGCAGGUCCCCUCCGCAUCGUGGCCCUGAUUGUGACCGUGGCUCUCACCUGGAUCAUAGUCAGCAUCUUCCUGGGUGGGCCUGGCAGUGGCUUCUCUCGCAUCCAGCAACUCUUCACCAGCCCAGAGAAUUCAGUGACAGCAGAGCCGCGGGCCAGGAAGACCUGCAAGGUCAGGAGAGUGGAGCAGACGUGCCACUUGAGGGCUGUCCCCUUGCUAGGCUCAUGAGCAGCGUGAAGGACAACGUGGGUCGAGGACUGAACAUUGCCCUGGUGAAUGGGGUCAGCGGUGAGCUCAUCGAGGCCCGGGCCUUCGACAUGUGGGCAGGAGAUGUCAACGAUCUUCUGAAGUUUAUUCGGCCACUGCAUGAAGGCACCCUGGUGUUUGUGGCAUCUUACGACGACCCCGCCACCAAGAUGAACGAAGAGACCAGGAAGCUUUUCAGCGAUUUGGGCAGCAAGAAUGUCAAGGACCUAGCCUUCCGGGACAGCUGGGUGUUUGUGGGGGCCAAGGGUGUGCAGAACAAGAGCCCCUUUGAGCAGCAUGUGAAGAACAGCAGACACACCAACAAGUAUGAAGGCUGGCCCGAGGCGCUGGAGAUGGAAGGCUGCAUCCCAAGGAGAAGCACGGCUAGCUAGCCAGCCAAGCGACGACCAGACUAAGGAGGCUGCGUGUGCCUGGCCCAGGGGGAGGCAGAAGUGGUGCCAGCGCAGGGCUGAGUCCCGACCCCACACCGGCCAGGAGCGCUCUCUUCUUCAACACAUCAGGGCUCCGAGGCCGUGAGCGGUGACCCAUGUGUGACUGGUGGUGGGGACUGCGAUGGCCAGUCUCAUUGUACUUUGGCAGGGGAGCCCAGGUCCCCAUCUCCUUUUCCUAAGGCUGCUUUCCCUAGUCAGCCCCCACCCGCUUCCCAAGGCCCUGGGUGCUCGCCCCCUGGCUGCACAGCCACCUGGUUGGGCAACUUCCGGAACCUCUCCGCAAGAGCCGCUCACUGCUCUGCAGACUAGUCCUGUUUCCCACGGGUUUCCUUCCGGUGAGCCACAUCUGGCGGCCCAUGGCAGGGACCUACCUGGCUGCCUCCUGCCCCGCUCUCCGUAGGAAGGGGCCGCCUUAGAGCCUGGCUGGCCAGGGCAGUAAGGUAGUGAGCCUAGUCACGGGCCCUGGUGCAGUGGGUGGCAGCUCCUGCAGUUUGUCACAGGACCCGGCUUCUAGGUGACUUCUUAAUAAAUUGGUGCCCCAGUGGAAUGUGUGCACUCAACAUG